UGUUCAUUACUGUGAACUGAAAACAUUGCAACAAAUUGAAAAUCCUUCUGCAGAUAAUUAACCACAAAGUUCCAAAUUUUCAAUUAAAAAAACAACAGGCUUGAUCAGUGGUAUAAUGGAGGAGAGAGGUGACAACAACACCACAGGGCUCCUUAAUAGUGAAAGACCAAAAGAACCUUGGAGAGGUGAAUAUGUAAAGAGCAUAGUUUAUGGAGGCCUUGAUGCCAUUAUCACAUGCUUUUCUCUCAUUUCCUCCAUUUCAGCUACCACUAGUUCCUCUGGGAAUGUGUUGGUUCUUGGGUUUGCAAACUUAGUAGCAGAUGCAAUAUCAAUGGGCUUUGGAGACAUAGUCUCCGCUAGCUCCGAGCGGGAUGUCACCAUUGAGGAAAGGAGAGUCACAGAAUGGGAUGUUUUUAAUGGUAGAGAAAAUGAACAAAGAGGUUUAGUUAGACACUAUCAAUCUCUUGGGAUGGAUUACAACGACGCAGCUGCGGUUGUGAACAUAUUUACAAAAUACAAUGACAUACUAGUGGACCAAAGAAUGGCAGCUGACAAAGGAAUGCUACCGGCAGAUCAAGAAAAGAAGCCAUGGAAGAAUGGCUUGAUAACCUUUGCAUCCUUCAUGGUUUUUGGCUCAAUACCUCUGCUAUCUUUCAUCAUCCUUAUACCAUUUACAGAUAGCGAUUCAGUUAAGUUUGUUAGUGCUUGUCUUGUUUCAUCACUUGGCCUUGCUCUUCUUGGUGUGGCUAGGGCAAGAAUUGCAGGUCAAAACAUGAUGUUGACCACAGCGGUUACUCUUUUGAGUGGUGUCAUAGCAGGAGCUGCAGCUUAUUUAGUAGGGUGGUUGUUAAAGCAUGUUGCAGGACUAGAAGGUUGAUAAAUUAAUUAUAGCUGAAUAGUAGUAGUAGUAGUAGUAAGAUAGACAAUAGGGAAUGAUUAACAAUAGCAUCUUUUUUUAGGACUUUUUUUUGGUAAUGAAAGAUAUGUACACAAACUGGCCUACUUGGACGAAGUCCUAAUUUUGUACACAUGUUUAAUGUCUAUCUAUUAGGUUUAGGCAGGUUAUAAAUGCAUUUGUCUUAGUUGUAUUGUAACUAAUUUUCCCAAAAAAAGUCUAAUGUGUGCUUGCUAGUCAAAUUUUUGUGGUGAUGGUUGGAGAAAAUAUCAGUUGAAUUUUUGCACCUAUUUCAAUUCAACUUUUGUGGUG